AUGUGCUCAGAACCAAGUAACCACCAGAAUCUACUAGCUCUCGGAGACCCUUCAUCUUCGAGUCUCGUUGGAGAACCAGAAUCUGAGACUUCUAACCGAGGAAAUUUCAACCCGCCGCCUGUGCACCUGACAAAUCUAGGGAUGCGCUACAUGAAUCUUCCAGAUGAUGACAACCGCUUUUCUCCCGAGUCUGUGGGCUCACACUCGACAAUCUAUUCACUAGAGCCCUCGAUACAGAACACUUCUCAGUCAUCAAGCUUACCUACAUCAUCCUACAAUUGCUACUUACCGCCUACACAGAAUUUCUCGACCUAUUCUAACAACUUAGCGACUGGAAGCAGUACAUACUAUACGCCAACACCGCUCUACUCAUCCAUGCCGGAUAGCCUUAGGCCUUCGCGCUUCAGCUCAAUUGGUCACAGUUCGUCAAGUCUGACACAUUCAAGAGGCUCUUCUGCACACUCGCCCCAUAUCUCGCCUCCUUUAUCUUCGCGAGACUUGUACGCUAGCAAUAUCCCGGGAUCAUAUCGUCAAUCAUCCGACCUACUAGCGAGAUCACCCCCAAUACCAGUGAAUCUGCGUAGCGCCCCAAUCUCACCAACAAGCACCAGUGGUUUCGCCAGUCCUAACUCCAACAUGAAUGAAUCUCUAGGAAAAGCCGAGGCUCCACCCCUCUGUCCAACCGAAGUGCACUACACACUUACCACGUCAGAUGGACAGAUGAUUACCCCCGAAAUUUUUGGUAGGAUCGACAAAGGAUUCUUCAUGGCCGAUAAUGACUGGACUUGCUACCGAAGAAACUAUUUUUCUCUUAACUGUAGCUUUACUUUGUCGCCAGUUAUUCCAACUCAAAAUCUGUACGUGCAAAUACCGGGAGCGCCAAUUCUGCAGGUCCAUGCGUUCUCGAUGUCUAUAGCUGCUGUGGUUGAUGGUCGCAACGGUAAAUCAAUUGAAUUGGUUCAGCACACUCCGAAGCGUGACAAAGGGCCACAAGAAAAACCGGCGCGUAUUGUACUGGCCCCAAGACCACCAGCAUCGCACACCACAUAUGAUGGUACGGGGGACCUAUCGGGAAUUUAUGAUUCGCAAGGAUUCAAUCCAACUUCAGGGCAACCAGCUACAGAGGCGACAUUUGAGCGAAUCCAAUUUAAAAAUGCUACUGCCAAUAAUGGUAAAAGGAGAGCAGCUCAGCAAUAUUAUCAUCUCUUGGUAGAUCUCUUUGCUGAUGUGGGAGAUCAACACGUUGACCGCCACAUCAAAAUAGCCUCGCGAAUAUCAGCUCAGAUGGUGGUUCGCGGUCGCUCCCCUGGACAUUAUCAAAACGAGCGGAGAGGAAGUAGCAACACGAGUAAUGGACCUGGUGGAUCUAACGGUACAUAUACUCCCAGUGCAAAUCUGGGUCGUAGUCUUAGUGAUUUCUCGAUGAGCGGUGGAUUAUCGCCCAUGCUACACGGCUCUUCCUUCAACGCUGGCUACGAUGGACGCUCACAAUAUCGAUGCACAAUACCAUCACUCCAUGGCUCGAUGGAUGCAAAUAUGUCACCCGAAGAAGCCAAACAAAUUGAGGAGAGUUCAUGCUACAUGUACUACCCCUCACCAAUUUGGGAGAAUAGUGAGCCUCGCUACCACCUUCCUGCGCCCGAAUAUGCUCUGGCCAAGACCAAGAGUGACUUUAGUCACAUACUUCCUAGCCUUUGUUCAGGAACUUCUGAUGGCGUGCUUGGAUUGAGUUUACGCCAUUGUGGACGUUGGGAAGGUUUUCCCGAGAGUCGAGGAUAUUUUCCCUCGGCUUUGACCCAACACGAAAUGAAUAUGACUUGA